UGCGAGGCCCUGGGCGGGUAUUUGGCUGAGGUCGACACGCCGGAGGAGUUCCGAUUCCUCGGGGGGUUCAUAGGGUCCCCCAUUCCCAAUGGGCACCAGUUUCUUCUCGGCGGCACCGACGCGCGAGAGGAGAACCAGUGGAUAUUCCGGCACAGCGGGACGUCCCUGGCGUACGUGGAGUGGGGCAAGAACCAGCCGGACAACCGCGAGUACAAUAGCGUGAGGGAGGACUGCCAGACGAUUGAUUACUACUCGCCGGCCGAUGGCUUUAAGAUGAAUGACAUGACAUGUUUUAAAAACGGCUUUGACGUCGGCAUGUACUUUAUUUGCGAAGUUCCACUCUGA